UUUAAUUGCUUACUUCACGUCAGUUUGUGUCAAAAAUUUAUAAAGGGUAUUUGAUAAAGGGAAAGUGACAAAAAACAGUAUGAAUUUAAUAUUCCUUUUUCUAUUCAUAUUAUCUGUAGUUUCUGGAGAGACGAGUUUGGAAGAAGAUGUAGGGUCAAGCCGUUAUGUAAUUGAAGGCAGAGUGUUUCCAUUAUCAGAUUAUCAAAGUACAAAUGGCAAUUGGCAAAGUGUAACCCGAAUCCAUGUAAAUGGUGGUGAGUUUAUAGGAUUUGUUAAAAGCGAUGGCAGCUUUGCUGUUCACAAUCUUCCUUCUGGAUCUUAUGUCGUAGAAGUUCUUCAUCCAGAGUACACGUUUGAGCCAGUAAGAGUGGAAAUCAAUUCUAAAGGAAAGUUCAGAGCCAGAAAAGUAAAUCACAUACAAAUUUCACAGGUUGUACAAGUGCCAUAUCCGUUAAAAAUCAAAGCACUAGGCAAAACUAGAUACUUUCAAGUUAGAGAACAAUGGCGUAUAACAGACUUCCUAUUCAAUCCUAUGAUCAUGAUGAUGGUGUGCCCCUUACUUUUGAUUAUGGUCUUACCAAAAUUGAUGAACGAUCCCGAAACCAAGAAGGACUUUGAACAAAUUCAAAAAAUGACCAAGUUUGAGAUGCCAGAAAUGUCGGAUGUAGUCACAAACUUUUUCUCGAGCAAUGGAAACCAAGCCGGCAUCAAAGAUAGUAAUGGCAAAGACAAAGAGACCAGUAAGAAGGGACAGAAGCCUCGAAAAAGAGCUCCAGUCAAAGAAUAAAUAUUUUUUUACGUGUGUGUUUUUGCUCUGUAGAAUUCCUGUUUGAACCGUAGCUUUAGACUCAAUAAAUUAUGUUUUACUUUUA